AUGUUUCACGCCGAGCGAACAGUCUUUGAGAACAUUGCGUGAACAUUAUCAUACCACCCUUGCGGUUUAGUGCGUACUAUACGUAGUUCGGACGCUAUUCGUGAUACGUAAUUUGUAUAUACUUUGACAGCAAUUAGUGUUAACGAUUCUAUUUUGUUCUAUUUUUAAUUGUAAUUGUAAUUUAAUUUUACGUUAGUUUAGGUUUAUAAUUUUUAAGCCGCCAUUUUGUCGUACGGCCCGAGUUUUGCCGCGUUAAUUAUGGUGAGCAAGGACGUUUUGUCUGUGGGCGUGGUUGUCGAGAAGAAGAAAAAGGAUAGGAGGAAACGCCGUAGAGCGGGAAGCAGGGCCGCGAAACGACGAGCGAGGAAAGCGGCCGCCGCUAACUUGCAAACAGAUAAUACGUUGUCUCCUAUAAAAUGCGCGGUGCACGUAUUCUUGUUGCGGUACCAAAGUGCUUUGAGGAAAGUGCCUUCGCAGCUCCCGCCGAGGGUUGCAGCUGGACCGCCAAGUAAAAGAGUGAAGCGUGUGUCGUGGUGUCACGAUGAAACCCAUUCACCGAGCGACGGCGGCGGUGGCGGCGGAGGCGGCGGCGGCGACCCCGCCGUGCUGGCGGUGGGACCGGCGCGGCGGCCGCUCACGUACACGCGGGACGAGCUCAUGCGCCUGCGCAACUCGCCACUCGUCAAGAAGGGGCUCGACAGCGCGUUCGCCGGCUGUGACUCCCUCGCUCUGGUGCUGAAAAGGCGUUCCGAUUCACCGAACGAAGAUGAUAGAGGGGCGAAAGGGGACGCCCCCAACGAAAAUCAUAAGGGCGUGUUCGGGCGCGAGCGUGAUCGCGAGCGGCGCUCGGCAGACCCUCGCGAGCGUGUUCGCAAGGAGAGCGAGCCGAGCGGCGGCGGUGGCGCCGGCGGCGGCGUGGGCAUCGUGCUGUCACCGCAGCGGCGCUCGUUCACGUCGGGCUGCGGCGCGCCGGCCGCCGCCGCGCCGCCGCCGCCGCACGUGGCUCGCACGCGGCCCGACUCGCCGCUCUCGGCUGCAGCACCGCCCACCGUCGCCGCGCCCACCAUACCCCCUAAAACUGAACAAGUUGGGCGACGCAUCGGUUCAGGGCGCAUCAUGGUGCGAGACGUGCCGAGCAACGCCUGGGAGGAGGGCGAGUACCCGCGGCCGGAGCCGUACCGGCCGCCGCGCGACCGCGACUGCCGCCCCAACACCGACAGAUUCGACCGUCGUUCAUUCACCCGAGACUCCUACUCCUCUGACAUCAAGAGGGAAAGGGACGAUCGAUUCAACAACGAGAAAACACGAGAGGACAACCGCAGAUCUGGUGGUCGCUUCUCUCAACGACGCUUUGAGAAGGAAGAUGAACCCGAAUGGUUUAGUGGAGGGCCCACAUCUCAGCUAGAGACUAUUGAGCUGCGAGGCUUCGACGAGCCCACCAAAAAGAACACCAAACAGAACAGCAACAACAAAGAGACUGAGAAAUGGAAUAACAAUGGCGGGUCGCGGUCGCCGGUCGCGGAACGGUCGGAGCGGUGGCGGGACACCGCGUCGCCCGCCGACUCGCAACACUCGCAGCCAGCCGCCAACACCAACGGCAACAUAAACACCAACAACAGUACCAACCAAGUGAACAACGUUAAUGAAAAGGACUCAAAUAUGGACUCGAAGAAUGAAGAAUCUCAGCCGAACAAUGAACAUCCCGAAUUCAAUCUCGAUGAGUUUCUCAAGUUUGACUCCAUACCUGAUGUACUUACUAAUGGCAGUGGUGAGACUGAGGGCGGCAGUCGCUUCAGCCGAUGGUUCCGCCGCGAAAGUCCGACCAACGAUAGGCAUUAUGAGCGGCUACUGUAUAACAUGGUUGAUGACCUAGACAAUUCAACGCCACAGCAGCCGCCAAUGAAUAGCAAUAUGGCCAGCAGUGGAUCUCCCCAGCACGUGUUCGCGCCCAUUUCGCCGGCGGGCGCUCCCCCUGCCGGCGGCAGGCUGCCCUCGCUGUUGGACCUGUUGCGGCAAGCUAAUGCCAAUGCGGAGCAGAGGCCAGUUACGAACUCGGUGGGCGGCAAAAUGCAAAGCCUCGAGGAGCUGGAGGCGCGCCUGCGGCCACAACACCCUUCCGCACACCAUCCAGGGCCUGACCAUGACCUCUCCGCCUUCAAGAGACUUCUGGCGCAGGUGUCGGGCGGGCACGCGGUGCCGGCGGCCGAGCCCGCGCCGCGCCCGCUGCCGCCGCACCACCAGCCGCCGCACCAGCCGCCGCACCAGCCGCCGCCGCCGCAGCCGCCGCAGCAGCCGCCGCACGCCACGCUGCUGCAGAUGCUCAACAAGGGCGCCGACCACAAGCACCAGCAGCAGCCGCAGAUACCCUCCGAGCUCCUAUACAAGCUUCUACAGGUUCAGCGUCAGCAGCAGCAUCAACAACAACAACAACAACAGCAGCAGCAACAGCAGCAACAACAACAACAGCAACCACCACUAGAUAUGGGCAUGCACAGCGCGGACAGAGAACUGUUGCAGAGGCCCGAGGCGCAGGCGAUUGUACAUGGUCUAAAAGCAGGCGAGAUCACCGUGCAACACCUCAUCCAGCAGUUAAGUAAUCCCGGCCUGCAGAGCCGCCACCGGGAACUCCUACAGACUAUACUGAGGCUCUACCAACAACAGAGACAGAUGGGCGGUUCGCCGCUGCCCGCGGGCGUGGGUCCCGUGGGCGGAGUGGGGGCACCGCACCUAGUGCUGCCGCCGCACCAGCCGCUGCGGCUGUCGCCACUACCGCACCCCGCAUACUGUGUGUCGCCCAUAAUGGCCACUAGUCCCAAUACAUUAGCAGUGCAUCAUCCAGGCGUGCCCGCUCGCAUCCCGUCGCCGCGCGAGUUGGUCGCGCACACGCAGUCCAUAAUGCAGGGCGCACUCAUAAAGAAGAAGCUCGAAGAACAAAAGGAGAACUUCCGCCGGCGGCACGAGAUGCAGCAGCAACCGAAACAGUCUACGCCCAUCUCUUUCACACCCACCUCGGUACUGCGCAAAAUGACAGCGGAGAAGGAAUCUGAAGCGCCCAGUCCGAAGCAACAACAGUGGGCGCAGCCUAUGAAGAUGCCACAGGGGAGGCCCAUCGUUAAGGGCAACCAAAGCGGUGCAGCGCCCCCUAUGGGCUACGCGCCCGCCGACUACCAACAGCAGUAUCUCACGCAACAACAGCAAAUGGUUGGUGGCGGCCGACCUUUCCCUGCUCAUCCCCAGCAGAGGCAGCAGGUACCCCCGUCGUACAAUAAUGUGAACAACAUGCGCGGCGUGGCCAGCGGCGCGACACUGCAACAGUUGCUCGUGCAAUCACACCAGAGGACGCUGAGCGAAAUGGGCGGCGGCGGCGCCGGGUCCGGCGGCGGGGACAACCAGCUCGCCCGGUGGUUCUCGCCGGAGCUGCUGGCGCGCGCGUCCGCCGGCAAGCUGCCCUCCGUGCACGUGCCCAACGCGCUCUCCCUCGAGGACUUGGAACGGCACCACCACUCGCCAGCGCCGCCUGUCCGCAACUGAACAGAGAACACUCCGUGUGGCCACCCAGUGGUAUCCACACACAUCCGUUCAACUCAAAAAUCGAUUUGACUCUAAAACUGUGUGUUGAAAGUUUGAAACGACUCAAACAUUUCAAAAUUGUGUUUAAUUAACCAGACUCACGGUCUCACUAUGUAUAUUCGAUCGAUAGGACUCGACGGUUUCAAAAUUGUGUGUUUGGUAGACAGGACUCAUAAUCAGGAAAUUAUAUGUAUAUGUAUGAUGAAUAAAACAUGGUUUACGUGUGUGCAGCUAAAGUUGAUUUCAAAUGGUUGACACCGUUAAAAUACUGGACAGUAUUCUGUUGUUUUAAUCAAUGUCAGAUUGUAAAUCCAACGUGUGUUUACAACACUGUUAACUCUAGUCUUAUUUGGUAAAUUAUCUUGACAUGUCUUUUCGAAGACUUAUUUAUUAUAAUAUGAAGAUAUAAGAAGUAAUGAACAACAAUAAAAUAUAAUCGGUUGUACAAGGACAAAAGGGCAUGUCUUUUAGGAUUGUUUACAAAAAAAGACAAAGAUCUGACUGUACUGUCCAAUUGAUUGUAUUUGAAACGGCUCACAUAGCGACGAUCGGACGAUUAUUAAAUGUUGGUCAACAUAUGUCAUUAUUAUACAGAGUUACAUGUGUCGCUGAAUCUGCUAUGUAUUCUACGUGACGGUAGAAGUGUUACAAAUACCAACGAGAUCUAGUUGAAAUUUUCGAACGUAUUAAUUUAAAGCACUUUCGAGUAUGUGUGUAUAGUUUUUCUUAUUAUAUUUAUCUAUUUAUUGUCCUUAUUUUUAUAGUCGGUUUAAAGACCGAGUGCGCGUGCAAACAAUGAUUGUAAAUUAUUGUUUUUGCAUGGUAACAAAAGAGCCAGUGUACCCUCGAGUAAUGUAGCGACGGAAAAUACUCUAUAUACUUAGUAAAUGAAUGUAUUUGAUCGAAAAGCAAUGGACAAGACUGCUGGCAGUUUGGAAAAGAUAGAUGUGUGACAUCUAGAUGGAGAGUAUCACUGCAAACGACAGACAAACUAACUCAUAGAUUCCCGAUUCCCAGUGAACUCUGUUGCAUGCCAUAUCGCAGAUAAAUCACUGUAGAUCCAAUAUAUCUCAUAUGAUCUUACACAUCGGAUCCAAAGACAAAGUGGUAGCGUUACCCAUUUUUUUUUAUUUGUAAUGUGUACUAUCGACAUUUUCUUUCUUCUAAGGGAUGUUGUGGUCAAGAAAAAGUUGGGAAUCUAUGGCCUAAUUUAAAAGAGAUGCACUUAUUCAAUCAAUCUAAUCGGACGUUUAUCACACAAACCAUCAUUUUAUAUAUUUAUUUACUUUUAAACUUGUACACUGUGAUAAGAAAUUUAAUAUUGCCACUCUACUUGUAUUAAAAAACAACUUGUCAACCAAAAGUGAUCCAUCUAGAUGUAUUUGAUAAAGAUUUGUGAUGCACAUGCUUGUUUCUCGUACAGAAGUAUGCCAGAUGCACGUAAAAACUAACUACUAAUGUCUGUAUGGAGAUUUGCUUGUCUGCCAGUUCAAGAUAGGACAAAAGUUCCUUCCCUCUCUUCAAGAAGUAUUAUAGAAGCUGGCAUACCAAACAAACGUGUGUAUUACUUGAUAGUUUUUUUUUAGACCUUUUUCGUCGUGCGUGUUAUAUCUAAAUUGAUUGUAAAUUCAUUUAUAGGACUCAUAAAGUGGCCGGAUCAAUUUUAGUUUUCAUGAAAUACGCUGAGUUUAUUAUCAAAAUGAAUUGCCGUGACAACUAUAAACUGUUCAUAUUGUAUCUAAGAUCUCUGGCUGCUUGCAAUUAUUUAUGCUGUAUCCAUAUUGAUACACUGUUAUAGAUUUUUAAAAAUACUCGAUAAAUAAGGCCAUCAUGUUUGAAUUUUGUAGUGUCACAGUAAAGAGAUGCAUUUAAUUGAGAUAUAGAACAGAUUAUGGUCUACAAGGUGGAAGCUGAUGGCGGGUUCGCAGUUUUUGGUGUAUUACUUUAUAUAUAUACUAGUUUUUAGACUGACUACUACUAUAGUUAAAAUUUAGUUAUUAUUUUCCCACCCUCUGUCAGCUCCCUAUAGUACCAGUGCAUGUACAUUGUUAGUAAUAAAUGAGAUACGUUUAGAUGUUACCCAUAAAGUAUUUACGAACAACAUCUCCAUGACGGUCGUAGACAAGGUGCGCGGGCGCAAGAAGACGAUUACAAUACGAGCCAUCACAUUCGAACUAGUAACGAUCCCGCCUCGUCCGGGCUGCGUCCGGCUCAUCUGGUCGGCUGAUAUUCUGUGCGGAGCGUGUGUACGUGCGUGAGUGUAUGCAAGAAAUAUAUGUAUAUGUAUGUCUGCCUAUGGUUGUGUUUGUAAACAAUUUUGUUACUAAGUCAUUUUCUUGAAAAGGAGAAAGAUUUACGUUGAGAAAGUAAAUAAAGAGAUAUUUGUCAUUUUUCAUGUCUAUACACUUAUUGUUAGUUAAUAGACAUUUUAGGGUGACCUUUUCAGUUUUUUUUUUCAAUCGCGAUCUUUUUGUUUUUGUAUGACGAUUUUGGAAUUAGCACAAGUGUCCGAUAUUAUAACCCAUUUGUGUUAUAAAUUCCUGAAUAUAUUUUUUUAAACAAUAUUUACUAUUCGCCCCACUGCGAAACUCGAACUAGGUUACAGUCGAUCACGGAAUACUAGAUCGCUCGAUAGUCAAUUAUAAUUUUGUGUGUACCAACAUCGGACAACAGUGCAUAGGUUGUAACCGUCCAAAGUACGCUGACACGUCUCAGCUAAACCAAGCAAUACACAUACACACUCGCCUAUGCCUUUGAACAUUGAAUUGUAUCACUUCAAAGCGACAGGAACAAGGGCUGUUAUUCAGCACAUGUUUUGAAUAGCUUUGUGCGUGAGGGUCUUAAAAAUGAUUGUGUGAGAGCGCGGGCGCAUUAGAUGCGUCCAACCUUAUCGAUUACCGGUCAUUAGUGGCGAAAUUUUUGUUUAUCUGGAUCGUGGUAGCUCGGCUCGAGCCGGCCCUUACGUAAUACAAGAGAAUGUCUCCUGUAAGCUUUAAAUUAUUGAUUAAAGAAAAUUUGAAAGUU